GACUGAGUCUCUGGGAGGGGAAGGAUUGAUUUAAAUUGUGGAAACAGUUCAUAAGGACCAGAGCUGGUGAGUUGGUGAGUGAAGCCGGGAGCAGACCUUUGUGCGGUGGAGAGAAAACCAGACCUCUGCUACCAUGGCAGCAAAGCCCAAGCUUCAUUACUUCGAUGGACGAGGCCGAAUGGAGUCCACUCGCUGGCUCUUGGCUGCAGCUGGAGUUGAGUUUGAAGAGAAAUUUAUAGAAACCGCUGAAGACCUGGACAAACUGAGAAAUGAUGGAAGCCUGAUGUUCCAGCAGGUGCCCAUGGUGGAAAUCGAUGGGCUGAAGCUGGUGCAGACCAGAGCCAUCCUUAACUACAUUGCCUCCAAAUACAACCUCUAUGGGAAGGACAUCAAGGAGAGAGCCCUCAUCGACAUGUACUCAGAAGGGGUGGCGGAUUUGGGUGAGAUGAUCCUUUUCUUGCCAUUAACUCCACCUGGGGAAAAAGAGGCCAAGAUCGCCCAGAUCAAAGAGAAAACUCUCAACCGUUAUUUCCCUGCCUUCGAGAAGGUGUUAAAGAGCCACGGACAGGACUACCUUGUUGGCAACAAGCUGAGCAGGGCUGACAUUCACCUGGUUGAACUUCUCUACUCCGUGGAAGAGCUGGACUCCAGCCUGAUCGCCAACUUCCCUCUGCUGAAGGCCCUGAAAGCCAGAGUCAGCAGCCUCCCCAAGGUGAAGAAGUUCCUGCAGCCUGGCAGCCAGAGGAAGCCCCCUUUGGAUGGGGAAAGUUUAGAAAAAGCCAGGAAGAUUUUCAGGUUGAAGUAAAGCAGACAUGGAGGCUGAACACAUGCAGCACAAGUCUGAAAUUGAUCAGCGAUGAAGCGCUUUCUAAAUCCUUCAUCCUGGCUGGUGUGAGAAUAAUAAACAGUUGCAAAUUAUCUAGGCCAGCUAAAUAAUAAAACUGCUGUGGACAUAA